AUGGUGAUUUCCAUUCCACAACUGUCCACAGGCGCCUGGUGGGAUGAGCAAGCGGUGGUAAGAUCCAGUUUGCUGCAGGUCCAAGCACAGUCAGGCAUGGAGGCAAUCUUGCAGAGUUCAUUUUAUCUGGGACCAAGUCUGGCGUCGUCACAUAGCCUGGACUCUUCAGUAGCCUGUCGGACCUGCGCCAAGACGUUCGUCUCCCGGGCACAUUUGCUCAAGCACAGGCAUUUCUGUGCAGGCGGCACCACAGUGACGUGCUCCGAGUGCGGGAAAACCUUUGGGCGGCGCUACAACCUGCGAGUUCACAUGCGCAAUGUGCACGGGAUUGGAGAAACGAUUGCGUGUAAAGGCUGCUCAGUCAUCUUUAGGUCCUACCUCAAACUAAACGAACACAUACAAACUUGUCAUUCAGAGAGUAAACCCUCUGCCAUAGUUGAUUGCAAACCAUGA